UUCAUUUGCUUAUCAAGAAUCGAAAAGCAUGGAAAGGUCUGUUCUUAUUGAUCCGACGACAGAUUUGAAUGCAUCGGCGAAAUCAUCUCAUAUGUGGUUUCAACAUCCUCUCCAUGGGAUAUAUACCACAAUGCCUAUGCCUGACCCUGUGUUUCCAUAUUAUUCAGCUACCGGAGAGAUUGACGAGGAAUUAACGCAGAGGAUGGUGCAAAACCUGAAGCUCUUUUGGCAUCAGCAGCUGGAUGAGAUGAAUAAUUUCACAGGGUUCAAGGGUCCAAAUCCUUUGCCACUGGCUAGGGUAAAAAAGAUUAUGAAAUCCGAUCCUGAUGUCAAGAUGAUCAGUGCGGAUACUGCUCCUGUAUUUGCAAAGGCAUGUGAGAUCUUCAUUCUGGAGAUGACUCUCCGAGCCUGGAUUCAUACCGAAUCAUGCAACCGCCGCACUAUCCAGCGGGCUGAUAUCGCUGAGGCCUUAAGGGGUUCAGAUAUUUAUGACUUCCUGAUUGAUGUUUUUCCUUUUCGGCCUCACUGUAUCCACCAUAUGGGUACGUAUCCAAAUGCUGUGCAAGUCGGACCGAGUGCUGUUCAUCAACCUGUUUUUGCAUUGCCGGACAUUAAUGUCUCGGCCAACCUCAACCAGACCGAACAGAACCCGGAGGUUCCUCCCGAGGUUAUGGCCGAUUCCUUUGUUGCCCAUGAGCCACUUGAUCUCAACUUCGCCCUCCCGUGAACAAUGGACCUUGCCCGUGGCUGUGGGAGGAGGAGAAAUUGGAAGAAGCGUUCCCGGAAACCAUGUUGUUCGAAUGGAAGGAAGUUUUAUAGAAAACUUAAUUUCAUAUGUUGCAGAAUAAAUUGGACCAACAAUGUAUGUGUCGGUCCAUCAUUUCUGAUAUUAUAUUAAACUAAGCGUUUUUUUUUAUGUGUUUUCUGUUAGAUAUGCUGGUUUCUUCUGUGAUUUCGAUAUAUCUAAUAAUUUUCUUGUUUUGGGAGUAGAA